AUGAGGGCCAAACGUUCAAAGAAGUAUCGCAAGCUUAUGCACCAGUAUGAGCUCACAUUCGGUUUCCGUGAGGCAUACCAAGUCCUCGUGGACUCGAAUUUCCUGCAGCAGGUGCACAAUUUCAAGAUGGACUUGCUACCUGCCCUGGAGCGGACAGUGCAAGGCAAGGUUAAGCCACUUUUGACCAAAUGCUCUCUCGCUGCUAUUACCGCUGCUCAGCCUAUCAACCCCAAAACCGGCAAGCCCUUCCGUCCCUAUCACCUCCCCCCGCCAACCAUUCUGCCCCUCCGCCACUGCUCGCACAACCCCGAGUCAGAGCCCAUCGACGAGGUCGACUGCCUUCUCUCUCUGCUCUCUCCAAACGCAGAGGUCAAAAAGAACAAGGAGCAUUACAUUCUUGCAACCGCAGACCCGGCCGUUAAGAAGUCAGACAACAACAAUGACAACCAGCAGCGCAAGCGCAAGCGCGACGAAGAGCGUGAGGAGGAACAAGCUUUGCGUCGUGCCCGCAACCUGCGCGUUCGUGCGCGCUCUAUUCCCGGUGUGCCGAUUAUCUACGUCAAGCGUUCCGUCAUGGUCCUGGAGCCGAUGAGUACGCCAUCUGAGAACGUGCGCGAGGGCGUGGAGAGGGACAAGUUCCGCGUGGGCCUGCCCGAGCCUCAACCCAAGCCGGAUGAAGCCGCGGAAGGUGCGGCGAAGAAGAAGAUCCCCGGAUUGAAGAAAGCCAAGGGGCCGAACCCGCUCAGCAUGAAGAAACCGAAGAAGCGUGCCGCGGAGUCGGGCCCGGCAAAGACGCCUAAGAACAGUGAUGCUACGCAAGCGUCAAAGGCGAAUGUGGCAGGCGAUCAGCCUGAUGGCGAGGAGGGCGGUGCUCCUAAGACCAAGAGGAGACGGCGACACCACAAGAGUGGUCCCCGUGAGGAGAAUGAGGAUGGUGCGCCCUCAACGGAGGCUGGUCAAGCUAUGGAGGUUGACGCAUGA